UGUGCAGCGAUGCAGUUGAACAGGUUCUUGUUCCAAGGAAGAGAAAGAAGAAGGAGGUAGUUUGAUCACAUCACAAUAGUUUGAUCACAGAACACUAGUACAUUAAUCAGACUGCAGUGCCUCAAUAGGACCGAUUCAACCAGGAAUGAAGGUGACUCAACUAGACUGUCUGUGUGUGAUUCUUCUACAUCUCCUACACACAGCAGGCUCUGAGAAGUUUGAGGUUCUUGGUCCAACUGAUUCCAUUGUUGCUGUAGCUGGUGAUGACAUCGUUCUGCCCUGUUACCUCAAACCCAACAUCAGCGUUGAGGACAUGACAGUGGACUGGCUUAACCUGGACAUCAUAGACGGUCGUGUCUUUCGUUACCAAAACAGCGAAAUCAUACGAGAUGAUCAGAUUCCCUCCUAUAGAGGAAGAACUUCACUGUUUGAAGAGGAACUAUGGAGGGGCAACACCUCUUUGAAACUGACCAGGGUACAAGGCACUGAUGAGGGACAUUACAAAUGCUUAAUUCAGUCAAAGAGCUGGUAUGAUGAUUUCACUGUUCAAGUCCUCGUUAAAGCUGUAGGAUCCAAGCCAGUGGUGUCAAUUGUGGGACACAGAGAGGGAGGGAUGGGUCUGCUGUGUGAAUCAGAAGGCUGGCACCCUGAGCCUGAGCUGGUGUGGCUGAACAGUAAAGGAGUCCAUCUCUCUGCUGGUCCUCCUGAGAUACAUAGAAGUUUCAAGGGAUUCUACAGAGUCAAACGACAUGUCAUUGUCCAGGAGACUGACACCAACCGCUUUACCUGCAGAGUCCAACAGAGACAGAUCAAUGAGAAGAUGGAGACAGAGAUUCACCUCCCUACUGUAGGAUCCAAGCCAGUGGUGUCCAUUGAGGGACACAGAGAGGGAGGGAUGGGUCUGCUGUGUGAAUCAGAAGGCUGGCACCCUGAGCCUGAGCUGGUGUGGCUGAACAGUAAAGGAGUCCAUCUCUCUGCUGGUCCUCCUGAGACACACAGAGACUUCAAUGGAUUCUACAGAGUCAAACAAUAUGUCAUUGUCCAGGAGACUGACACCAACCGCUUUACCUGCAGAGUCCAACAGAGCAGGAUCAAUGAGAAAAUGGAGACAGAGAUUCACCUCCCUACUGUAGGAUCCAAGCCAGUGGUGUCCAUUGAGGGACACAGAGAGGGAGGGAUGGGUCUGCUGUGUGAAUCAGAAGGCUGGCACCCUGACCCUGAGCUGGUGUGGCUGGACAGUAAAGGAGUCCAUCUCUCUGCUCGAACUCUUGAGACACACAGAGACUUCAAGGGAUUCUACAGAGUCAAACAACAUGUCAUUGUCCAGGAGACUGACACAAACCACUUUACCUGCAGAGUCCAACAGAAACGGAUCAAUGAGAAGAUGGAGACAGAGAUUCACCUCCCUAGUGAGUUAUUUGAUCCAACCCCAUGGAGAAUGGCCUUCAUUGUGUUAUGCUGUCUGGGAGCCAUCAUUGGGAUUGGGUUAUCUCUGGCUAUCUACUGCAUAUGUUAUAAGAAAGGUAAUGGAGAAAUUAUAUGAACGUUUAAUUGUUGGAAUGAAAUGUCUGC